UCAAGCAAUAUGGCUACCAGCGAAGUUGGAAUCCUCACUCCCCUCUUUCUAUGCGUGUUACUAUUGGGAAGCACUGAUGUGGAGUAUGCAGAAGGCAAGAUUUGUCGUCCAAAGUAUUGUGAUCCUAGAGUUUCUUACAUGAGUUGUCCACCUUCAGGCGCCGCGCCUAAGGAGUUUUUUCAGUUUGUCACAUGUUACAACUGCUGUGAAUUGGAACCAGGCUGCAAACUUUUCGAUGCAGCUGGUUCCGUACUAUGUACUGGAAUUUCACAGUAAAUUAUAUCCCUUCAUUCCAAAAUUCUUGAAAAGGAAUAUUAAUGAUCAUACUCAGCUUCCUGCAAUUAUGUGUCACUAAUCACUAUGAUGACCCCUGUUAUCUA